AUGGCGUCCGGACAUAACUCAGCAUACUCCGCGUCGACCCAGCAUCGCGUCUUGGGGGAAGGGCGCUCCUCGUUCAGCCAGGAUGGCGGCUCCGCGGACGGGAGCUGGAACGAUGGCACUUCGAGGCCUGGACGGAAUGGACGGUCCGAGUCCGGAGGCAGUAGCACCAUGGGUGCCCGAGGAGGGUCUCUGGCUCCGUCCUUUGGUGGGCCGGGCAGCUUCAGCGCCGAGCUGAAGAGUAUGCAUUCUCGCAGCGUCACGCCCCGCCCGGAUGGCUCGUAUAUGAGAAGAGCGAGCCGAUCAAUCGGUGAAGACGACUUGCACACCACCGAGGAGCGCCAGGCCGUUAUUCGAGACAGGAUCGCGAAGGAAAUGAAGAUCAAAUCUGGAACGGAGAACAUGUUGGAGGCGCUGCUGGCAAAGCCUCCCAAGCAGACCAAGGAUCAGCGACUGCGAGUAGAGUCGGAAUUGAGUUCAUCCAAUCGCAAGUUGGUCCAGCUGCAACACGAGCUGGAAGAGGAGCUGCUACGCGCGCAGGCGCCGUCGUCCACUCCCCCGCGCAGUCGCAUGUCCGGUCUUUUUCGUGGUAGCCCCAUGCGCUCGCCGUCGCGUAAUAACAACACCGGUGGAUCGGUGGACGGAGAAGCGCAGGAAGAUAGGGAGGGUGACAUGGAAUCACCAAGCUAUGUCCUAACCGAAACACUGCAAGCGCUGGAAAUCGAGGGCAUGUCGCCUGAUUUCUAUGUCGAGCGCGCCAACAGCUUGGUGGAAUUGUUCAAGCGAUAUCCCUCCCUCAAAUACGACCUUGCGUGGUCUGUCUUUGGCUUGCGCGUUCAGGUCAUGCUCUUGAGCGACAGCAAAGAAGUAGUCGCGGCUGGAUAUCGGCUAACUCGUUAUGCAAUCGCGGAUCGGAGAUCACUACAGACAAUUCGCGCCCUGCACACCGACGAGCUGGUUAUUUUGUCCCUGGUUAAGGAAAGCAAAGCGAGCAUCGAAAGAGAACAGGCGCUCAAGUUCGUGCGAGCCUUUCUCGAUGUCAAGGACGGAGUGCGGGAGAUCUCGCGCGCCAUUGUCCGCACCAUCGUUGCGAUUGCCGAAAACCACGAGGACCGUCUCCGGAAUAUCACCAUCAUGACCCUGGCCGAAAUGUUGGUGAAGGACCCAGAACUGGUGGCCUCUGCAGGUGGUUUUGCUGCCCUGCAUGAUUCUCUGGCUGAAGGGACAUUCGGUGCUCGGAAGUAUCUCCAGGGAUGUGAGCUGGAGGCUGUUCUGGCGCCUUUCACUGACUCUUUGUCCGAUUCACUGCGCCAUGGCCGGCUAAAGUCUGCCGCCCGAGCGAUCUCUGCCAUGCUGAAAACUUGGCCAGGUCUUGUGAUCCUUGCAAGACACGAAGCACAACCGCUCCAUUCUCUCCUCGACUCACUUCAUUACCCUGAUCCUCAGGCGCGGGAUCUCAUCAUGGAGCUGUUAUUUGAUGCUUUGCGGAUCAAGCCCCCGUCAUGGUCCUCAUCUUUCCUUGCCGGCCGGAGACUCACGACAUAUGGCAGAGUCUCACAUCUGCGUUCUGAUACGGACCCCAAAAACAACCGUGGCUUCUCCGAUAGCAGCAAUAGUAGCAGAUUUGAUCUGACGGCGCAUUUUUCGACAUUAAUCCUAGCAGCUUUGGUCGAUUCAGGCCUGGCAAAGCUAGCUCACCAUUCUUUGCCACAAAUCACCAGUGCAAAGCUGCAAGUCCUCCCACACCUGAUCCCACCCGCAAUCAAAUACGACGUUGAAAACCAUGACGUCUCUACUUCGACCAUUUUCCAAAUUGAAAGCAUCAACCGGACACUCGCACGUUCCGGUGGAUUUCCCAGUGCAGUAGGCCGAUACAACAUGGAUGCUGAUUUAUCGGCCUCCUUGCUACCUGGUGAACAGAGCAAAGACAAGCUGAGUCCUUCCAUGGAUGAGACCCAGUUUCGCACAGCAAUUCUAGAAACGCACGUGUUGAACACCGUCAAUUACAUCAAAUGGAAAUGGGAUCUGAUUCACCGUUUGGUCGAGGGUCCUCUGACGAACUCCAAGCGAAUGGACGAGGCGAUCAAAGGCUCAAAGUUCAUGAAACGUCUCAUUGGAUUCUAUCGGCCUUUCAAAUACCGAUUUUCCAUGGUCCCCAACACCAAACCAAACCAGCGUUAUGUGCGAACUGGUUGUGCCCUGAUGCGGACUCUUGUGCAGACCCCCGAAGGCACCAAGUAUCUUGCCGAGAACAAGUUUUUGCGACAAGUUGCCGAAUGCCUGGCGCAACUCGAUCGCAUGAGCGGGUUGACCUCUGAGUCGCCACUUUUCUCGCGAGACCAAAUGGCUAAUACAUUGAGCGGAGGCUACUUUGCGAUGCUGGGAACAUUGAGUGCUGAUGCAAAUGGCCUCAUCAUGAUGGAGCGGUGGCACAUGCUGAAUAUGUGCUACCAUAUAAUCGAGUUGCGUGACCGAAAUGACCUAAUUCAAACUCUCUUGGGGAAUAUGGACUACAACCGGGAAAGCCAUCUUCGGGUGAUGUUGUCCAAGGCCCUCACCAUUGGCUCCAAAGAUAUUCGGAUUUUCGCCACCAAGAUUCUCCGGAAAUACGCCGUUGGGGAUGCCACGCUGUCUCCUAAUGUGUCGAUUGGUAAUGCUGAAUGGGUCAUCAAACUGCUGGUGACCCAAUUAUAUGACCCCGAUGUCACCGUUUGUCAGGUUGCUGUGAGGAUUCUGGAAGAGGCAUGUAAUCAGCGGGACUAUCUCGAGUUUGUCGUCAAAUGCCGGCCCUCUCUUGAUCACCUGGGCGAGAUUGGCGCGCCACUUCUUCUACGAUUCUUGUCAACCUCGGUCGGCUAUCACUACCUGGAUGGCCUCGACUAUAUCACUCAGGAGAUGGAUGAUUGGUUCCUUGGUCGCAAUGACACCUACGUUGGCCUCGUGGAGGCCGCUCUGUCCCGCGCCUAUGUCGAUCAGCCACGACGCGGUAGCUUUGCGCCCGAGGAUCUGGUCGACAUGCAGGAUAUCGGAUUGGUCCCGCCUCAUUUCUACCGAGAGCUUGCUCGAACGGCCGAGGGCUGCAGGCUAUUGGAGCAGUCGGGCCAUUUCAACGAAUUUGCUUGGACAAUUCGCGAUUUCCGGCUAGAGGAGGAAGAGAUAGAGAUCCUUCUCAAGGUAAAAGGAUGCCUGUGGGCUGUCGGUAAUGUCGGAUCCAUGGAACUCGGUGCUCCAUUCCUGGAGCCCGAGAUUGUGCAGCGAAUCGUGCAGAUUGCAGAAAGCGCAGGGGUUUUGACAAUGCGAGGCACCGCCUUCUUUGUCUUGGGCCUUGUAUCCCGCAGUCGGCAUGGGCUUCGAGUGUUGCGAGAUCUGGGAUGGGAUUCGGCGGUUGACCAGAAGGGAGAUUCGCUGGGCUUUUGCUUGCCGUCGGAUUUCCGCAAGCUGUUCCUGAUCUCAUUCCCUGGUUAUGAUGCCGACGCGAAACGUACCCCUCGCGAGAAAUUCAGGGAAGCCACCACGGACCCGGACGCCACCAACCAGAAGAUACUAAAGUUGAUUGUGGACAUGGGAAACACCGUUCUGUCCAAGCGAGCGGCCGCAGAUCUUCACAGUUUGAAAUCCAAACAACCCGAACGAUUCCACCAGGCCCACCUCUUCCGCAAAGCUCUGUGCAUCCUCGAAAGGCAUCACUUCCGGUUACCGGCGAGGCGGUUUGCCUUGGAUCUUUUCGACAAGAGCGUGAUGCGGCGAAUCGUCCUCGAGGAAGACUCCGACACCGACUCGGACUCGUCGAGUUGA